AUGAGCUCAUCCGAAACAUCUGCAUCGGCCUUCUCCAGCUCGGAGAGCGCCGCCCUGGAGCGCCAGACGGAAACGGAGCAACCGGUGAGCUUGGAACAGAUCUGGAACGAAAGCCACCGAAGGAGGAGCACUGAAUGGAUUACCCAAAAUGGUUACAAAAGGGUUUGCCUGCAAUUCCCCGACGACUAUCUGCCCCACAGCAAUGCUAUUAGCGUGGCUUUGAAGGAGCUACUGGCGGCGGAGGAGGUAAAGAUCUUCAUCCUGGCGGACACCACCUACGGCAGCUGCUGCGUGGACGAGAUUGCGGCUGCCCAUGUGGAUGCCGAUAGUGUGAUUCACUUUGGGAAUGCCUGUCGCAGCAGGGCAACCCGCUUGCCGGUGCUCUAUCUCUACCCGGAGAUGCCCUUGGAUGUGGCUCUUCUCCUGGUUAAACUGCAAGAUUUGCGGGCGGAGAGCCAGGAAAGGCAGUUAUGCGUCUACCUGGACAUUGGCUACCAGCAUAUUUACAAUGAGCAGCUUAAAAACCAACUCAAAGAGGCCCUGGAACCCAAGGAUUUGCUCCUGGAGCUCUUUCCCCCCACCGAAGCGGAUUUAAAGGACUCAAAGGCCUCCCAGGAGCCCGAGAGCCUUGAGCGCAUUUGCAUUUUCAUAGGCUCGGACAACCAGCGCUUCGCCAAUCUCUCCCUGACCGCCGCAGCUGCCAUUCAGUGGCACAUUUACGAUGGUUCUAGUGGCAACCUGAGCUCCAAGAAUCCCCUCACAGCUCAGUUCAUCCGGCGUCGCUACUUCCACAUUGAAAAGUGCAAGGAUGCGCAAACUCUAGGCCUCAUUGUGGCCACUCUCUCGGCCGAGGGCUACCUGGAUGUGGUGGCGCGACUGCAAACGAUGGCCAAGGGCAGAGGCAUCAAGACGCAGCUCAUUUCCGUGGGCCGCAUAAAUCCCGCCAAGCUGGCCAACUUCCUGGAGAUCGACUGCUUUGUGCUGAUCGGCUGCCCGUUCAACAACAUGUACGACUCCAAGGAGUACUACAAGCCCAUUGUUUCCGUCUUCGAGGCUGAGAUGGCCCUGAAUCCCGCCUGGCACAUGCGGUAUCCGGAGGCGUAUGUCACGGACUUCAAGCAACUGCUGCCGGAGGGACGCAGCUUUCUGCCCUUCGAGGCGGCUGAUAUACCAGAGCACGAUAUCAGCUUGGUUAGCGGACGGCUGAGGGGAGCGGUGAAUGAUUCCCUGGAAACGGCAGGAGAUCCCGCUUCGCUAGCCUUGGCCACGCAGGCCAAAAUGUCGCUGAUGACCACGGACACGGGUCUCUCCUUCGAGGACCGCACCUGGCAGGGAUUGGAUCCCGCUUUGGGUCAAACGGAGCCCGCCCAGCUGCAGCAGGGACUCAGCGGCAUUCCCAUCAACUACACACAUCAAUAAAAUAGCGGCAGAGCAACUUAUUUAACUUUUA